GGAAAGAUCGACGGAUCAGGGACACAGCGCAUGGAGUCUCCAAGCUCCCCCUUGAAAUUUUUACUUGUUCUGAUCUUGCAGCUAUCGGUUGAAGCAAACGCUUACUCCGCUCCGAUCGAAGAAACCUUCUUUCAAUGUCUUUCUACUAAUUCCAAGCUCGUUGUUCCUCUGUCCUCAUACUACACCCCCAAAAACUCUACAUCCUUCAUCUCUGUGCUCAACUCCACCGCACAGAACCUUCGGUACGUGGGCACAAAGGUGCCGAAACCUGCCAUUAUAUUCACCCCACUCGGUGAACCCCAUGUUCAAGCAGCUGUUAUUUGCUCAAGGAGGCUGGGGGUCCAUAUUCGUGUUCGAAGUGGCGGCCAUGACUAUGAGGCGGUGUCAUAUGCAUCGCAGAUCGAGACCCCUUUCAUAGUCAUUGAUCUCAUGAGGCUCCGCAAGGUUGAUGUUGACAUUCCCGGGAAUAAUGUUUGGGUCCAGGGUGGAGCCACCGUUGGGGAAGUGUAUUACGGGAUAGCACAGAAGAGUAAGAUCCAUGGUUUCCCCAUGGGGGUCUGCACGACCCUCGGUAUCGGAGGUCACAUCACUGGAGGUGCCUAUGGUUCAAUGAUGAGAAAGUUUGGCCUCGGGGCAGAUCACGUUUUGGAUGCCACCAUUGUGGACUCAAAGGGUAGGAUCCUAAACCGAGCAGCUAUGGGGGAGGACUUCUUCUGGGCAAUCCGGGGAGGGGGGGGAGGUAGCUUUGGGAUCAUCCUGGCAUGGAGGAUAAAGUUAGUUAAAGUACCGGAAACCGUGACAGUAUUCACAGUCACGAAAACCUUGAGCCAAGGUGGGAACAAGCUCCUCCAGCGCUGGCAGGAAGUUGCCCCCACGCUCGAAGACGACCUCUUCAUAAGAGUAAUCAUGCAGGCAGCCCCAACUAAUAACGGAACCAUCAGCAGGACCUUGACGACCUCAUACAAUGCCAUGUUCCUCGGGAGUGUGAGGAGGCUCCUUAAGGUGAUGCGAAAAGGCUUCCCGGAGCUUGGGCUAACUAGCAAGGACUGCAUAGAGACAAGCUGGAUCAAGUCUGUCCUCUACAUCGCAGGUUACCCCAACAUGACCGGGCCGGAGGUCCUCCUCCAAGUGAAGCCUGUACUAAAGCCGUACUACUUCAAAGCGAAGUCAGACUUUGUGCGGGUGCCCAUCCCCAAGAUCGGGCUGCUCGGGCUGUGGAAGCUCUUCCUCGAGGAUGAUAACCCAUUCAUGGUAUGGAGCCCAUAUGGAGGGAUGAUGGAGAGGAUCCCCGAGACGGCAACUCCUUUUCCACACAGAAGGGGAAUAUUGUUCAAAAUAUUCUACAUGGCAUCAUGGCAGGAUCCAGACGAAGACCCAUCGAAGCACAUGAACUGGACCAGGAGCAUGUAUAACUACUUGGGUCCUUAUGUGUCGAAGUCCCCGAGAGAAGCCUACGUGAACUACCGGGACCUUGAUUUGGGGAUGAACAAGAACUGGAAGAAUGUGACCGAUUAUAUUGUGAAGGAGGCAAGUGCUUGGGGAGCUAAAUAUUUCAAGGGUAACUUCUAUAGGCUGUUGGAAGUGAAGAGUAGAGUGGAUCCGGACAACGUCUUUCGGCACGAGCAAAGCAUUCCUCCCCUACCUGUCAAGAGGCAGACCUGAUCUGAGCAGUUUCUGCUGUUUUCCUUUAUCAAUCUUGGAUGAAAUUAAUGUGCAGCUGCAGAGCCUCUCACAAAUCUACCUUUUCUCUCAGGUGAGUGAGCAGCGUACAGCCGCAGGUAGCUAGGACUGGUACCCUGCCAUGAAUCAAAUGUCUGUAUUUGUUUUUAUGGUAUUGACUUCAAUCGACAACGUAAUGUUGCCCUAAAUAUAAUGAAUUACAUUAGCUGAUCUCGUUCUU